AACAUAUCCCGCCGGGCCUCGUUGAUUUGUCGGUUCUUGGGGUCGAGUAUUCUUAUUCUUCAUUCGUCAUUCGAGUGUUGUUCAGGUCCCAGCGGGUGUAUGUGCGGAUGCGCGCGAUAUUCUCCAGAGCAUGAUUUCGAGUUGGAUAUAGGUUUUGGAUGGAGAUAUGUGGGAGCAACAAAAGCAGAAUGGUGGUCGGUUGGUUCUUACUUGUUAGCCCUCUUCUUGACCAUCUUGACGGAUUUUUCUAUGGCGGCUGGUCAGAGACUGUUGAUUCAGGCAAAAAAAGGGGGGGUUGUGCGCGUACUUGGCUGUCGGGGUUGGUUGUCGUCGUAGAGGCACCGGAGUCUCUCGCUCACUCGGGAUGAGGUUGUGUCGGGUUUGUGUGGGAGCCCUAUGCCCUUAAGCGAGG